GUAUCCAAGACAGCUGCGCUGCAGCAGUACAGGCAGAGCCAGGAACGCCUCGAGACCAUGAUCAAGAGCAACAACACAAUCGACGACGUCGGGGCCCACGAGGAGAUGAUGAAACUGUUCACGUCCGAGGGCCUGAAAGCCAUCCUCGGAAUGAAGGGGAUCACGCCAGGAGAUCUGUCGCCGCCCCAGAACGCCUUCAACGACAACGAGUUCGUCGCCGUGCCUGGGUCGCAGAUGGCCAUCGACCUCGCCGAGAAGGACCCGAAGGUGCUCAAGAUGCAGGCCGAGGAGCAGAUGUGGGAGCACGUCAAGUCGCUCGGCUUCGUCUUCAAGACGAACGCGAAGGGCGGGAAUGCCAUCGCCUCGCGCUGGCAACGAGUGGUGGACAAGGAGGGCAGCAAGGAGAACGUGGAGUACAAGGCGCUGAAGGGCAACAGCAUCGAGCAAGAGGCCUACAGGGCCUCCUGGGCGAGGGAGAAGUACCAGGAGUUCGUCAAGAGACGCGAGAAGGUCACGACCUUCUCGCGAACCGAGUACAAGAAUGGCCAGUACCUGGCCAUCGGGCGCGUCGCCCAUCUCGAGGGCGGAGGGCGUCUUGGCUGGUUGCAGGCGAUUAAGAUCUUCUGCAAGACGAUGGCGAUGGGGCCGCCGUGGAUCGCCUACGAUGAGCUCAGCGAGUCCCUGAGGACUCUCUACAUCAUCCGCGGCACGAAGGAGGCUUUCACGGAGGCCUGGACGAAGCAUGAGGUCUGGAGCAACGAGCCCGAGCUGACGGGUGAGGAGAGCCAGAAGCGCACGGCGGGCGCAGCCGCGAUGCCCGAGCUCGAGGCCAAGAGGAGGAAGACUGAGCAGGAGGAGGCCGCUGCUGCUGAGGAUGCCACGCUGAAGUACCCCACGGAGGACGACGAGACGAUCGCGCCCAAGGCGGCUGAGGAGGCAUCCAGUUCCCAAGGCCAGGCGAAACCCAAGGCCAAGGCCAAGGCGAAAGCUGAGGCCGCCAGGAAGAAGAAGGCUCAGGAGGCCGCAGCCGCGAAGGAGGCAGCGGCGGCCGCGAAGAAAGCCGCAGCUGAGGCUGGUGAUGGCGCUGGCGACGGGCACGGCGGUGGCUCAAUCAAGGACCAGAUGGCCAAGGCCAAGAAAGUGGUGACCAAGUAUACGUUGUCAAUGUCGAAUGCGCACACCAUCAAGGCGUCCAUCGUGGAGGGCGACCAGCAGUGGGCGUGGGCAAAGGACGACACUGACGCAGCGGCUCUGCUGAAGGCCAUGGACACGAUGAAGGAGAAACUCUCGCAGGACCAUCAGUUGAGCUCAGCGCUGACUCGCGACCUCCCCAUGGUGCGCAGGAUGAUCAAAGACGAGUUGGUCUUCGCGAAGACCCUGGAGUCGGUGGAGAGCCUCGAGCCGCUCAUCGAGACGAUCUCGCAGCACGUUCGGAGCCUCCUGCAGGUGCACGAGAUCAAGAACAAGAAGAUCUCAUCCUGA